AAGAACAUGCCAUUUUGUAGAUCUCGGCCAAAUCGUACCGUAUACUCACUCUUCUAUUCUAUUCCUUUCGCCGAAAAUGAACGAUUUGGGACAAAUGCGUAAUAAAAAAGAUUGGUCGCUCCACAUGUCAUAAGAGCUUUACCCUUCUGUCACAUGAAACACCGAUGCACCAACUAUACGUCUUCUGUGUAACUUGCGCCAGUGAGCGACGGUGAGCGGCUCUUCGGACGAUUGAUGUUUAAUCAAUUUCCGAUCCUUCGAAGCUGAAUGAUAAUCUUCUACGAUCGGACGUAUUUGUAUUUAUAUAAAAAGAUAUUUUAAUAGUUUCACGUGAAUCUUAAGAGAAAAGAGGAAAAUAUUUUCUUUUAAAAUGGACAAACCAGUUUCCUCGGAUAUCGUUUUAAUAGCGGGCAAUUCACAUCCAGAAUUGGCUAAUCUAAUCGCUAAUCGCCUUGGCGUAAAGCAUGGUGGAUGUUCCGUAUAUCAUAAAUCAAACCGUGAAACUAUGGUUGAAAUAAGUGAUUCCGUACGAGGUAAAGAUCUGUAUAUAAUUCAGACUGGUACAAAAGAUGUUAAUAAUAAUAUAAUGGAGCUCCUCAUCAUGGCAUAUGCCUGUAAAACGUCAUCGGCAAAAAAUAUUGUCGGCGUAAUUCCUUAUUUACCUUAUUCUAAACAAUGCAAGAUGCGUAAGCGUGGAUGUAUAGUUUCAAAACUCUUAGCAAAGAUGUUAUGCAAAAGUGGUUUAACACAUAUUAUUACUAUGGACUUACAUCAAAAAGAAAUCCAAGGAUUUUUUGAUGUUCCUGUAGAUAAUUUAAGAGCCAGUCCAUUUUUAUUACAAUAUAUUCAAGAGUCUAUACCUGAUUAUCACAAUUCUGUAAUCGUUGCAAGAAAUCCAGGAAGCGCAAAAAAGGCAACUAGUUAUGCAGAAAGAUUGCGUUUAGGAAUAGCAGUUAUACACGGAGAACAAAGAGAAGCUGAAUCAGAUAUGAAUGAUGGACGUUAUUCUCCUCCAGCGUUAGCCUCAAGAACAAUGGAGGUUGGUGUAGGUGUGCCUAUGCAUCCUGCCAAAGAAAAGCCUCCGAUCAAUGUUGUAGGAGAUGUCGGAGGACGCAUUGCCAUUAUGGUGGAUGAUAUGAUAGAUGAUGUACAAUCCUAUGUAGCAGCGGCUGAAGUACUUAAGGAAAGGGGUGCAUAUAAAAUCUAUGUAUUAGCUACUCAUGGUUUACUUAGUUCGGAUGCACCAAGACUUAUCGAAGAGUCACCAAUUGAUGAGGUUGUUGUGACCAACACUGUACCUCAUGAUGUACAAAAAAUGCAAUGUCCAAAAAUCAAAACUGUUGAUAUAAGCAUUUUAUUAGCUGAAGCUAUUCGACGUAUUCACAAUAAAGAAUCAAUGUCUUAUUUGUUUAAAAAUGUUACAUUAGAAGAUUGAAAAUAUGUUGAUAAUAUGUAUGAUUUACAGUAAAUCUAAAUUUAGCAAACAUAAAAUUCAAUUUCAAUUAAAUGGCUGAAUUCUUCAUAUUAUUCAGUAUUGAGAUAACAUAAAACAUAUCUAUGUCUUAAUUGUGCAUAAUAUUUUUAUAACAUACAGAUUAUUUCUUAAAA